AAUUUUGUAAUCUAGUUAACAUAUAUAAUUUGAUAAUUCUUUACAUAUAAAUAAUCUUCUCGUUUAACGCAGGUAUGAGCUUGUUAUGCUUGUGUUGUUCGUUCUAACGUUUCUCUUCUGGAUAGUUGCCGCAGUGGACGUUAGAGUAAAUAAUCAACGUGAAUUAGAAAGAAAAUAUUGGCACAAAUACGAUCCGACUUUGAUAGCGGAAGGGAUCUUUUGUGUCGCAGCAAUCAUGGCCUUUUUUAAAUUACUAUUUAUCUGCCAACUAGACUAUCAUCUAGGACCUUUGCAACUUUCUUUAGUUAAAAUGAUCAGAGACGUUAGCCAUUUUGUAACAAUAUUUGGUAUCAUUGUUAUGGCAUUCACAGUUGGAUUGUGUCAUCUUUAUCAGUAUUAUAAUGGAAUGGUGCAGACGGAUGACGACUCAAAGCUAAAGACAGGGCAAGAAAAUUCCUUCGUCGAUUUCAAGUCUACUCUGAAAACUCUCUUCUGGGCUAUUUUUUGCAUGAGUCCCGUAGAAAGCGCUGACGUGAUCAUCGAAAACCUUCCAGGUGAAAGGGAGUCAGAAACAAUAAUUAAUCAUCAUAGCUUCACCGAAUUUAUCGGUUAUCUUGCUUUUGGCAGUUUCCAAUUUAUAUCCGUAGUAAUCGUUUUGAAUAUGCUAAUUGCGUGUAUGGCAAAUACAUUCACCAAAGUGACUGACAAUGUCAAUGUAGAGUGGAUCUUUGGUCGAACUGAACAUUCAAUAGCAACAAAUUCGCAAAGUGAGAUGGAUGACAGUCCAAUUUCCAUCUUUCUCGUCGUUAUUCUCGCGACUGUUGGUUUGAUGAUGAUCAGCGCGCUGUUAGCCUGCUACGCUUGCAUCUUUCGAGAUUUAUGUUGCCGUUUACCAGGAAGCAGAGCUAAAAGACGACGUCAACAGAAUCCUCGACGAGAAUCGGAUAAUGCAAACAGAAUCCGAUUAGAUGCGAUACCAAUGAACGAUAUUACAACCAUGACAACACAAGGGGAAAGUAUGGCCACGGAAUCCGAAAAAAUUUAAAAAUAGAAAGCAAAACUCAAAUGUGGAAAUAAUUAAAAAACCGCGCUUUGCAACAAUUAUAAUAAUAAAGAGUGAAAUAACGGGUAAUAAUUAGAGCUACUAACAUAACUAACAAUCAUGGAAAAGAAUACAUAUUCUGAAAAAUAUUUUUUUUAAAGGAUAUUGCAAUAUGAAGAGAGGGAAAAUUAAGGAACAAAAUAUACACGAAAGUUCGAUCGUGUAUACAUUUAUCCAUUGUAAAUAUAUGUUAUAAAUCUGUUAUAUAUACAUAAUCAGAUAUACACACAUAUACAUAUAUACACUAUAUGCCAUUUGUUUAUCGCAAAGUAUAUGCAAUAAAAGAUCUGGUAAAAA